AUGUACACUUCGGAGCAGCACAACAGGGACUUGAUCGACAGCAGCAGAAUGGCUUCUUCUGCUGCUGCCACAGCAGCAAGAGCAGCAACAGCAGCAUUCCUAAGUCGCGCAGACAAACUCGUGGCGGCUGGCCUCUGCCCGCCACCGACCUCUGCUGCUGCUGCGCUGCAGCAGAAGCAGCACGAACAGCAGCAGCAGCAGCAGCAGCCACAGCAGCAGCAGCAGCAGCAGCCGGCGAAGAAGUGGAGCGAGGCAAUCCCCCCGAGUCGUGCUGCGCACUUUUUAGAUUGGCGCGUCACAGACACCGCAGCUCUUGUGCCUUGUCGGGUGCUGCUGGCUGUUGUCAGGCAAGAAAGCAGCAGCAGCAGCAGCAGCAGCAGCAGCAGACGCAACGUCGCAGACGCUCUACAAGCAGAUCUCCUGCAGCUGCUGCUGCCCCUGCUGCCGGCCAUGCCUCACUUAACGGAGUUCAGGGACACACACAAGACGGAGCAGAUCUUCGUGAAAGCAGAGGCAGCAGCAGCAGCAGCAGCGCCAGCAGCAGCAGCAGCAACGCCAGCAGCAGCAGCAGCAACGUCAGCAGCAGCAGCAGCAGCAGAAGCGACGACAGCAGCAGCAGCAGCAGCAGCAGCUGAAGCAGCUGCACACGCUCCAGGAGGUGCACACAAACAACCCACAGGUGAGAACAGUAGCCCAGUAAAAAUGGAGCCCCUGCCACAGCAGCAGCAGCAGCAGCAGCAGCAGCAGCAGCAAGCGGAGCUGCUGCAGGAGAGGUCGGAAGGACAGUAUCAGCAAGAAGGGAAGUGUCCCGCGUUGUGGAGAAAGGUCAAGCAAGAGCCUUCAAGCGAGCAGCAGCAGCAGCAGCAGCAGCCACAACAGCAAACACAACAGCAGCCACAGCAGCAGCAGCAGCAGCAGCAGCAGCAGCAAGGUACUCCGGGGUGCCCCACUCUUAAAACACCCGAGACGUAUGUACAGUGCAAAGCAGAAGUGGCAUCUGCUGCAGCUGACGAAAACAUUCGGAUAUCUGCCAACAUCUACUCGAGACGUACUCCUCACGACAGCAGCAGCAGCAGCAGCAGCAGCAGCAGCAGCAGCAGCAGCAGCAGCGGCGGCAGCGGCGUCAUGGGACGGGGAAGCCCCAUAGGCAGCCAAAUGAAGCACGCUGCCCACGAAGCCGAACAUGACAGCAGCAGCAGCAGCACGGACAGCAGCAGCAGCAGCAGCUGCAACGGCGCAACUGGGAGCUGCCUUCAAGGGUCAAUACCCGAAUCUGUUUCUGAAGAGCAGCAGCAGGCUCGACAGCAGCAGCAGCAGCAGCAGCAGCGGCAGCAGCAACAGCAGCACCUUCCAACACCCAUUAAAAUGGAGCCCGAGCCAAAGAUUUCAAUUUUUAAAGUAUCGCAGCAGCAGCAGGAAGAAAAAAAGCAGCAGCACCAGCAGAAGCAGCAACAGCAGCAGCAGCAGCAGCAGCCGCAGCGCGGGCUGCUUCUCAUUGGCCUCAGCGACGACGAGGAAGAAGACACAACAGCUCUUCUCAGGAAGCUGCAGAAGGCUCCGCAGCAGCAGCAUGCCGUGGAGGAGCAGCAGCAGCAGAAACAGCAGCAGCAGCAGCAGCAGCAAGGAUUGCAAAAGGGAGAGCAGCAGCAGCACGGACCCCAGGAGGAACAGCAGCAGGCAAAGCAGCAGCAGCAGCAGCCCGAGCUGCAGAAGCAAGCAGUCCUUAGCGAUCUGGAGCUCCAAAUUCAGCAAAAAGAAGCAAGACUUCGUGCGCUGCAGCGCGAGCUGGAGAAGCGCGAAGAGCUGCUGCUGCAGCAGCAGCAGCAGCAGCGGCGGCGGCGAAGAGACGCAGCGGGGCCCAAGAAGCAGCGGCAGCGAAGUCCCAGCAGCAGCAGCAGCAGCAGCAGCAGCAGCUCCGACAGCAGCAGGUGGGGGAAGCGGGGGAGCCGCCGCAAGCGCGUGAAGCGCAGCGCGAGCGCAGAGCGGCGGCGGCGCAGCAGCAGCAGGCGCAGCAGCAGGCGCAGCAGCAGCAGCAGCGACUGCAGCAGCAGCGAGUGCAGCGAGGGGGCCCCGGGAGCGGGCAGCAGCAGCUACAAGAGACAAACUGCCCAAGAUGAAGAAGUGGCAGCAAUUACUUUUUUGGGCUGUGGGGUGACAGCAGCAGAAACAGCAAGACUAGAAGCUAAGAUAAGAGAGCUUUCAACCAAAGUGGGGGGCUCUGCUGUGGGCCAGAGCAGCAGCGGGGCCGUCUGCCCUCGUGCUGCAGGCACGGGGGGCCCCCAGGCUGUGAGGGCCCCCGAGACAGCUGGGGAGUGGGACGCAAUUUGCUUCCUCGUGGUGCCUUCUGCUGCAGAUCCUCAGAAGCUCAAGACCCAGCCCAAGUUUCUGUGUGCGCUGCUGGCAGAGGUCUUCAUUGUCAAAGAAGCGGCUCUGGAUUUUAUACUUCGCAGCUUCAGGGUCUGGCCGGAGCCCCACACCACCAUGGAGGCCAAACUCAACAAAGUCUUAGAAGAACAAGAGUACAGAGAAGGAGGCAUUCCUUCGCUGGUGAUGCGGCAAGAGCUGGCAGAGGCGCGGCUGUUUGCUGGACACGAAUUUUAUGUUUGCGGCAGCUCAAAGGAGGCGCAGCUAAUCCGCACGCUGGUGACUGUGGGCAAUGGCACUCUGGCCCGCAAAGGAGACAACGCGGACUACGUUGUUAUUUGCGACGAGGCUUUGCCAGAGGCCCGAGCACUUAGGAGACGGCUGGCUCACCGAGACGAAGACCUCGUGGCUGCGACCCACGGGCAGAAGCACGCUUCCCUUGUGACGCCCAAGUUUCUGUACGACUGCAUAACCCGGUGGACCCUGACGAGGCCUUCGCGGCGAAACGGGCAUGUGCCCUUCAAUCCAAAGCAGCAGCAGCGCAGCAGCGGCAGCACGCGGCCGCGGGGAGCAGCAUGA